CCUCCAAGUGACAACAUGGCGAGUGUUCGUGCUGCGUCCCGUUUUCUGUCCAAGAAGGCGCUGUUUAAAACGAAAGCAGUGAGUGCUGGUGCAGUUCAUGGGUCCAGGAACUUUCACUUCUCCAUCGUAUUGGCAAGGGGAAAGAUGCCAACAGUAUCAGAUGAUGUCUCCACUCAGUAUCCAGUUGUGGGAAAUGGAGUUGAUGCUGUGGUGGUAGGAGAUGGAGGGCGGGACUCAGGGCAGCCUUUUGGACUGUCAGAGGCUGGCUUCAACACUGCCUGUGUCACCAAACUCUUCCAACCAGGUCUCACACUGUUUGCUGCACAGGGUGGGAUCAAUGCGGCUCUGGGAAACAUGGAGGAGGAUGACUGGAGUGCAUUCUAUGACACAGUGAAGGGAUCUGAUUGGCUCGGAGACCAGGACGCCAUCCACUACAUGACAGAACAGGCUCCUGCCGCUGUAGUGGAGCUGGAGAACUUUGGCAUGCCAUUCAGCCGCACUGAGGACGGAAAGAUCUACCAGAGGGCAUUUGGAGGUCAGAGUCUAAAGUAUGGAAAAGGAGGCCACCACCGCUGCUGCUGUGUAGCCGACAGAACUGGACACUCACUGCUGCACACCACUUUAUGGAAAGGGUAAUCUCUUCGUUAUGACACCAGUUACUUUGUGGGAGUACUUUGCCCGUGGGAUCUGCUGGAUGGAAAACGGAGAUGCAAGGUGUGAUUGCCUCUGUGUAUGGAGGAUGGUUCUAUUCACCGCUUCAGAGCCCAGAUACCGUCAUCGCUACUGGGGGUAGGAGUCCAGGGAUAUGGAAGGACCUAUCUUCAGCUGCACAUCUGCAACACAGGCACAGGAGGACGGGUAAACGCAAUGGUGACCAGAGCUGGCCUGCCCUGCCAGCAUUUGGAGUUUGUACAGUUCCAUCCAACUGGGAUCUACGGAGCCGGUUGCCUGAUCACAGAGGGUUGCCGUGGUGAGGGAGGCAUCCUGAUCAAUAGCGAGGGAGAGCGCUUCAUGGAGCGCUACGCACCAAACGCCAAAGACCUGGCCUCCAGAGACGUCGUGUCCCGCUCCAUGACCAUCGAGAUCAGGGAGGGCAGGGGUGUCGGCCCAGAGAAGGACCACGUUUACCUGCAGCUUCACCACCUGCCUCCUCAGCAGCUGGCCACAAGGCUGCCUGGUAUCUCAGAAACAGCCAUGAUCUUUGCCGGUGUUGACGUCACCAAGGAGCCCAUCCCUGUCCUGCCCACCGUUCAUUACAACAUGGGUGGAGUUCCCACAAACUUCAAAGGACAGGUGAUCACUCACACCAACGGCGAGGACAAGGUGGUACCUGGACUGUAUGCCUGUGGUGAGGCUGGAUGUGCCAGCGUCCACGGUGCUAACAGGCUGGGUGCUAACUCACUGCUGGACCUGGUGGUGUUCGGUAGAGCCUGCGCCCUCACAAUUGCUUCAGAACACAAACCUGGAGAGAAACUGUCCCCACUGAAGCCCAGUGCAGGAGAGGAGUCUGUGGCUAACCUGGAUAAGCUGAGGUUUGCUAACGGAAGCAUGAGAACCUCUGAGAUCAGGCUCAACAUGCAGAAGACCAUGCAGACCCAUGCUGCAGUGUUCCGUACUGGUUCCCUCCUGAAGGAGGGAUGCGACAAGAUGGAUGCCAUUUACCAGACCAUGGAUGACCUCAAGACCUUUGACAGAGGCAUUGUAUGGAACACAGACUUGGUGGAAACAUUGGAGCUGCAGAACCUGAUGCUGAACGCCGUCCAGACCAUCCACUCCGCUGAACAGAGGAAGGAGAGCAGGGGAGCACACGCCAGAGAGGACUUUAAGGACCGUGUCGAUGAGUACGACUACUCUAAGCUGCAGGGUCAGGAGAAGAAGCCCUUCGAUCAGCACUGGAGGAAACACACUCUGUCCUACGUCGACCCCAAGACUGGAAAGGUGACCUUGGAGUACCGACCUGUUAUCGACGUCUCUCUGGAUGCAGACUGCGCCCACGUUCCUCCUGCCAUCCGCUCCUACUAAGUUUCCUCUUGUCCCUACCGUCCCUCCUCUAAAAACAACCUUACUCCAAUGCUGAGUUCAUUUAACUGAUAUUUAAGAAGAUGCAUUUUCUGUCCAGAGAUGACUUUGGGGACAAAUUCUGCUUUCUUGUUGACAUUUGUAUCCAUUUUAGAGUGUUCAAUACAAUACCGGUCUGGUCAACUGCUGCCCCUUUGUGUCAUAUUCCUGCUCCUCUCCUUCAUGUGUGUUUUGUCUUGAUUUAAUCCGUUUGCAGUUGAUGGAUUUCAGCAAGGUUCUUGUGAUCUCUCACAAUUUCAAGCAGGUUUGUAUAUACAUCAUUGGAAUCUUCGAGACUAAAGGCGGCUGAGACAUUUUCGGCCUCCGAGUGUCGAACAAAAAAAGAAAAUUUAACGUGUGUUGCACCACUCUAGCUUGGCUUUAUAUGAUGACAUCAUAAUUUCCAUUUCCUCAUCUUGGAUUGUGGUAAUGAUUCUUUUGCUUCUCUCUUUUGGCCGAGUGAAGAGAUGAUGGAAAUGAUUGUAGUUUGAGACGCACAUGUCACAGAGCCACAAGGAGAUUUCAAGUACGGUAUGUAAUAUUGCAUAAAUGUACAAUAAAUAUGGGCAGUCCAUACUGUAUGUACUAGUUAAAGCAUGAGUUGUCUCUACUCACUGUGGCCUUCAGUCUGCAUAGUAUUACUUCUUGUACGCUUCAAGUGUGCGAUCUACACUCUUGUUCAGAAGAUCAUCAGCUGAUUGAGCUUAAACUAUCUGUAGUAACUCACUAUGUAUGUUAACCAAAUGGAUGCUUAAAUCUCUUCUGCCACAUUACAAUAUCUUAGUGGUUAUACAGCUUGGUGUUGAUGUUGCUUUCUCUGAACACUGCAGAGUCACUUAAGUGUUGUUCCAGAAGUUAAUCGUUAUUCUGAGUACCAACAUCAUUCUCAGCUCUAAAUGCUUCAAUGAGCAGUAGUUUUAGAGGUAUUCUCCAUUAACAAGUGCUGUUUGUGGUGUACAAUUAACAGGCAACUUGUGAAAAUUUACCACAUUUACUGCCACUUCAUGAAUGAGUUUUAAAGUGAAGGUUGCUCACAAUUUCAGCACUUAUAAUGCCGAACAAAUCAACAUGACAUGCCUCUUGUAAUGAAUCGAUGAAAGGGUGACUUAAUUUAUUUGCCUGUUUGGGAGAAAAAGUAAAUUUUCUUCUUGUUUUGCCAUUUGUACUUGUUUCAUAUGUUCAAUAAAGUGUAGCCAGUGCAUAGAAACAAAA